GCAUGGUGUGGAAACUGUGUACGACAUUUUUAUCGAUAUGCGAUGUCUGGAAGUUUUCGGAAACCAUUCCCUUCGUCCAUCGCUGGUCACUGUUAUUAACGGAUACGUUGCUGGACUUGCGGCAUUGGAUACACCGAUCGAUCUCCAGCGACAUUCGGACUACCUUCAUGAGCCCGAGAAUUUCUUCUUGGCGUGUUGCAUUCUAAUCACCAACGGGUGGAACGCGUGCGGUGAAUCACCCGACAUAUUUUCACCACCCCGACUAUCAGAAGAUAUCUGUACGGACAUAAGGGCACUAGCAAGUCUUCGACCGUCAGAUCCUUCUUGGGAUCAAUGCCUCCGGAAAUUGCGCGAUUUACUGCAUGAUGACGGAGGCGAGUUUUUCGUCAAGCAGCAGAAAUGGACGAUGCAUGGGUUCGAACCUCUCAAUCCCGAGGCAAUCGACGAAGCGAAGAAUAUAUUCGUUUGGUCCUGGGCGAGCUUGAUAAAAUAUUUUCUGGUUCAGUGAAUACGUCCUCGACGCACCCACACGAAUCGAUGGUGUCGCCCGUCUUGAGCCGCAUAUAUCGAUAUCUGCGGUAUCCUCGACGUUGGGAAAAGGACGAAGUGCAAGUGUAAGUAUGAAUCCUUCAUAUGACAAGAGACUAUCCAUGCCACCGCGCUAAGGAGCUAGAUCGACCGUGACCUUGAAGCUCUCUCGACCUUAUAUAAUUAGGAGUGCACCACAAUAGUUUGGUUCCUAGGAGAGCCGUUUUGAAUAGCUUCUACAGAUCAAUUGAGUAGAAUCAGCGCAAUUGUUUGUUUGAGAUAAAAGAUAGCAUAUGCAUAGUUCUUCGAUGUUAAUUGGGUCUGGAAUAGUUUCCUCGCCUGAAUAGAAUUCAGCAAAACAGACAGCUGUUUUCUUAACCGGCC